CUCUCGUUUUUGGCAUCUCCUUAACUAGGGGUGUACAUGGGUCGGGUGGUUCGGGUUUAGACAUUUUAAUCACCCGAUCCAUGCACUACGGUUUGGGAAAUAUGAAACCCAAACCCACCCAAAAAAAUCUAAACCCUACGGUUUGUUUCUAAUUGGGUUGGGUCGGGUUGGCGAUAUUUUUAAGUAAAAACCCAACCCAACACAAAAUAUGUAAUUAUUCUACAUCAUAAAAAUAUUGUAUAACUAAUUAAAAAUUUCAAACGAAUAAACCGAGGUGAAAGGUAUCAAAAUUCACAAAUAUUGUUUGAAGUUUAGUAAAACUUGAUUUACUUCAACUUAUGUCUAGUUUUUUUCACGACAUUUGUUGAAAUAGGCUAAAAAGGUUACAAAUGAACGCAUCCAUAAUAUGAUAUUCUUUUAAACUUGUACAAAAGAAAAAAAAUUACGUGAAUCAUAACUAUAUUAAAUAUAUGUCUAAACUUUAAGUCAAAGAAUGCAUUAGAUUAGUGAGACUUAAAGAGGAAAACAUGGCGAAAUAUCUUAAUUUUCUCAUAAGUAUGACUAUAUACGACAUAAAUAUUUUUUUGGAUACGAACUCAUACCAAUAAUUGGAACACGGGUUGGGUCGGGUUCUACGGGUUGUGUAAUCCAAAAUCCAAACCCAACCCAAAAGAGGCGGGUUGUACAAAAGAAAACCCUCACCCAACCCAAAAUCUUCGAUUUAGCGAUAAAUACGGGUGGGUUGGGUCGGGUUGGACGGAUGGGUCGGUUUGCGGGUGUGUUUGUUCACCCCUAUCCUUAACGUUCCAAAGCUGUUCCCUUUUCCGCUGCGCUAGAACCUUCUCGUUUUUCCGUCUUCCCAAACCUAAUCCCGGCGACAAUGGCUACUACCACCCCUAAGAAGUUCACCCUGAAGUCGUCCGACGGCGAGACCUUCGAGGUCGAGGAGUCAGUUGCCGUCGAGUCUCAGACCAUCAAGCAUAUGAUCGAGGACGACUGCGCCGACAACGAGAUCCCGCUCCCCAACGUCACCAGCAAGAUCUUGGCCAAGGUGAUCGAGUAUUGCCGCAAGCAUGUCGAGUCCGACGCCGAGAAGGACAAGCUGGCUACCUCCUACGACGAGUCUCUCAAGACCUGGGACGCUGAUUUCGUCAAGGUUGACCAGAAUACCCUCUUCGACCUCAUCUUGGCUGCUAACUAUCUCAACAUCAAGGGGCUGCUGGAUUUGACCUGCCAGACUGUGGCUGAUAUGAUCAAGGGGAAGACACCUGAGGAGAUUCGCAAGACGUUCAACAUCAAGAACGAUUUCACCCCAGAGGAGGAAGAAGAGGUCAGGAGGGAGAACCAGUGGGCGUUUGAGUGAUCACCUACUUAGAGAGACUUUGCCAUCCCCCAUUAUCUACCGUUUUAUGUCUAUAUAUUAGGAAUGUCGAUAUAAGAUUUUAGAGGAAUUCAAAACAAUCGGGUCUUUUGUUAUGCUCAGUGAAGCUCAUCUCUUUUGUCCUGAAUUUCUCUUCUAGGUUGUUGCUGAACACAGCAGAACCAUUUCUUCUCGGUUAUGAUAUGAUAUAUAAGUAGUACAUUGGAACCAUCAUAAUUGCAAUCCCUCCUUUUCUUUUCUCUUCUCUUGUGUGCAAAUUACAGUGCAAUCAUGGCUGAGUUUAAUUCAUUCAAGAGGAGGAAUUGCAAAUGGGGAUACGUCGACCCAUUAUGACACAGGGAUUUUAUUAGCUCUGCGAGAUACUGAUUGAUUCUCUCACCUUGAACUCCGCCAUCAUGACUGGAGCUUCCCCGCUUUGAAAUGGAUUCCUAAUCACAUUUAUCUUAGCAAUCUCCAGAUUAUCCAAUAUAGUUGCACCUCCAUGCGAUUGAACACUUGGAGCAUCGUAUGCUCCAGGAGGAUACAGUCUGACCUAUAUAUUGAUAUCAAGACUCAAAUUAACAUGAAUGAAUUGUUUCUGUUUUU